AUGGGGAAAAGAUUCCGAGUCGCAAUCUGUGGAGGGGGCGUUGGUGGCUUGACUUGCGCCCUUGCACUCUCUCGUUACCAUGACAUUCAGGUAGAUGUUUAUGAGUCGGCAGCCGCAUUCACCGAGAUCGGGGCUGGCAUUGGACUGUGGCCUCGCUCGUGGAAAAUAUUGUGUGCCCUUGGUUUGGCCGAUGACCUAACAAAGGUCGCGAUGGUUCCACCUACAGAGCAACCGAGAGUUGCAUUCACCUUGAGGAAAGGAGACCAGCCUGAGGGUGCCAGCUUCUAUACACUCUCCACCCCAGGAGGCCUGCUCGCAUUCCACCGUCCCGACUUUCACGGAGUCAUACUACGUCAUCUAUCAUCGCAGUGCCGCACCCAUACGGGCAAGCGUCUUGUCUCUUAUAGCCAUACUUCCUCCCCCCAGCCCGCCACAAAACUUUAUUUCCGAGACGGCACCACUGCAACCUGCGACGUGCUUAUCGGAGCUGAUGGAGUAAAAUCAGCGGUACGGAGUGCCCUGGCGAGGGAGCUUGCGUCAAUCGUUAGGGCAGAGGGAAAGGUCGAGGAGGCUCAGAGGCUGCUGGCCGCUGGUGCUCCUAAGUGGAGCGGGACCGUUGCCUACCGUGCGCUCAUUCCUGCUGAGAUCCUCCGCCAGCGCGCCCCGCAGCAUCAGGUAUUAAAUCGGCCAAUGCUGUACCUUGGGGAGAACUCGGAGCUGACAGUAUAUCCGAUAGCGCGCGGGACCUUCAUCAACUUUGCCGCCUUUCGGUCCCGCUAUGAUCUGGAGGGCUCGUCGUUCGAUAGGCCUUGGGUACAAGACGUUUCCCAUGAAGAAGUGCUAGCAGACUUCGACGGAUGGGAACCAGAGGUUCAUGCUCUUGUUCAGUCAUUACAAAAGGUCAACAGGUGGGCAAUACACACGACCUCGCCCCUACCAACUUUCGUGUCCGGGAGGGUAGCCCUCUUGGGUGAUGCGGCCCAUGCCAUGAUGCCAUAUCAGGGCGCCGGCGCCGGUCAGUCAAUAGAGGACGCCUACGUGCUCGCUACGCUCCUCGGCGACGCCCGAACAACGCUGGCGACUAUCGACCGUGCGCUCUGUGCAUACGAUGCCGUCCGCAGACCCUUCGCUCAGCGGGUGCAAGAGGCUUCUCGCGAGAACGGCCUCUUGUACACCCUCAACUUCCCAGGACUCACCUUCGAUCGUCCCGCCCGACGGUCGGAUGACGAGGCCUCUGCCAAGCUGGACGAGAUCAGUUCGCGUAUAGUAACGAAUUGGCAGUGGGCAUGGAAUACGACGAUCGACGGAGACCUCAACCGGGCGCUGAGGAUGUUAGACGGCCCGAUGAUCCGCAAGCGGUGGUCAUGA